CAUGAAAGAUCGAAUAAAACAUGCACUCAACAUGAAAAAUGAAAACAACACUUUGAACGAAUACGUCCUUUCGGUGUUCAACAUUGAAAAUCUCAACCCCACAUAUGUGUUUUUGCUGCCCAGUGGUGAAAAGAAUAAAAUUCACAAAAUAAUCUAUCAGAAAAGUGACUUUCUGGAUGCUGAGUUUCCUAACGUUACAUCGCUAAAUAAAUUUAAACGGAGCUUAAAUAUUUCAAAUGAGCUAAAGGAAGCCGACUAUCCAGAUAUGGAAUUGAAAUCAUUUGCACAUAAUUCUGACAACGAAGAUGUGGAAGACAGCAUGUUAGAGAUUGUAGCAGACAACAUCCGAACUGAACGUAGUUUUAUCAAAUUCAUGGAUGAAUUGAACGAUGAUUUGGAGGAUGAACUGAAACGACAAGCACUGAAACACAAACAAAAAUUGCACAGUGGCUCAUCUUCAAAAAGGACCAACUUAUUUACGCCUUAUACAUACGUGAACACACAAACAGUUGGUUGGGAUGAUUUAGGACUUGACGGAUGGAGCGGUGGCCUGAGGGAAGUAACAAGUCAUAAGUUUGAGCAACCAGUUUUGGAAAGGCCUAAAUCAGUUCCAGUCCGUCAUGAGCCAGUUGUGAGUAUACAGGCUAGUUUCGAUCCACUGAAGUUCCUCAGGAUACCCGUUACAACAAACGCAGUGCUGCCUAGUGCUGUACCUAACACCGUAUUGAAUAGUACUUCCGAUCCGCAAAGGAACAAAAACCCCGGGUUGAUAGUGAGCAGUGAGCUGGAAGACAAAUUAGAAGAAAUCUACAACAGGACAAAGGCCAUUCCAGGGAAGCCUCCUCGUUGGCCGAUUACCAACAGCCGUGAUGCACAUCGUGACGAGGAUGUAUUCAUAGCACGUGCUAAUAACCCGUUUGGACACUCUACCAAGUGGCGCUGGAGCAACGAAAGUGACGAAAUGGAAAGAGAGUUUGAGGAAUCGGUUCAGUCGCGGGAAGGUCGCUCCAAGCGCGGAGUCUACAAUCUAUACUCGAUGAUAAAAUGUACUACUGGCUGUGAUCCGAUCAUCUACAAAGGAUAUGGCUGCUAUUGUGGAUUUCUUGGUUCCGGACAAGCUUUGGAUGGCAUUGACCGCUGUUGCAAAAUGCAUGAUUACUGUUACUCGGCGGCAAAGUGUCCGAUGUUUCUGGAGUAUUUUGUUCCAUAUCUUUGGAAGUGCUACCGCGGUCGUCCAUUAUGUGCUAUUGACCAUGGAGAGUGGGGCGGUCCGAAUUCCUGUGCUUCCCGACUGUGUCACUGUGAUUUAUCCUUAUCCAAAUGUCUAAGACGCUAUCACUGUCCGAGAAAGCGAAACGUUUGCACCACAUCACCUUUGAGGCUUCUUCAAAACCUGAUAAUGGUCUUUUGAG